UUGGGAGGUCAUGCAACUUAGCAGUUGUUUACCCAGAAUUUCGUCUUUGUGGGUGGGGGUAUUGGGCUCCGCAAGGCAUUUACAUGCUUUCGACGAAAAACUGUGCAACCUCAAAAUUUUCGCGCCGAAAUUCGGUGACAUGUACAACGGGAAGAAGACAUUUUGCAUAAUUCUCAUUGUCUCAACGGAUUUUCCACCGCACUGGGGUUCCAUGUAUGAACGAUGGUAUUCCAUGAGCAAAAGUUCGUUUUAUGCAUGCUUUCGCGACGUUUCGUUUCUUUCUUUUUUUUUUUAAAUCCAACAAAUGCGUAAGUUCGCUAAAUUUAGCGGCUUCUUGCGAGCAGUCAGCGCACAACGAAACCAAUAUGGCCGCAGCCAUAGAAUUUGGAAAGAGGAUCGUGUAUGACGACUGUUUUGACAAUUCUGGGGCGUCACGACAAUACCUGCACACAUUUUUGCUUGCUCACGAUACACAUACUUCGAUAACAUCACGUAAGAUAGUUUAGCCCUCCCUAUGAUAGCCACAAAGCAGGAACAAAGCGAAACACAAUCGAAAAACAAUGCCGCUACUCGAGUUCGAAACUCAAAUGUUCUUGGAUCUCCACAACGAAGAUGGUCUGGUCGUCGUCGCAAAAGGGCUCGGUGUUGAGAGGUUGCUGAUGAGCUUAAUCAAGGUCCAUACAGAUCCUGGCAACUUGGUAUUAGUCCUCGGAACAGACGCAAAAGAGGAAGAAUUUUUCAUCAGUCAGCUAGAAGCCGAAAAUGUCAAUCCGCUGCCAAAGUCGAUAACAUCGGAGUGCAGUACGAAAGAAAGAAAUGACAUCUACUUGGCUGGGGGCGUACUGUUUGUGACAUCCAGGAUCUUAGUUGUCGACAUGUUAAUGGAGCGGGUUCCCAUCGAGCUCGUUACAGGUAUCAUCGUCUACAGAGCUCACAAGACAUUAGAAUCUUGCCAGGAGGCUUUCAUUUUGAGACUCUACAGACAGAAGAACAAGAAGGGUUUCAUCAAAGGACUGUCGGACAAUGCAGUGGCGUUUACUCAGGGGUUCUGUCACGUGCAACGAAUGAUGCGGAACCUCUUUGUCAAGAAACUGUUUCUCUGGCCAAGGUUUCAGGCGGAUGUCAUAAGCUCCCUGGAUAAGCGGAAGCCUGAAGUCCUGGAGCUACGUGUCCCGAUGACGGACGCCAUGAAGUCCAUACAAUUUGCCAUCCUUGAUAUAAUUGCAUCCUGUGUGAGGGACCUUAAGAAAUCAAACCCAACAUUGGACACGGAUGAGGUCACUGUCGAGAAUGUGAUCUCUCGAUCGUUUGAGAAAGUUGUCAAAUUUCAGCUGGAACCAAUAUGGCACCAACUGAGCCAGAAAACACGCCGAGUCGUCUCAGAUUUACGUACACUUCGAACAAUUCUUCUGUAUCUGACACAAUAUGACAGCGUGACGUUCUACAGCCUUGUUCAGUCUGUUAGGGACAGUACCAGCAUGAACACGCAAAUCCCCGAUUGGCUGUUUCUCGACGCUGCAGAGUCGCUGUUCACGCAAGCGAAAGGCCGGGUUUACUCAGUUGAGAAGAGAUCUUCUAGACCCGGAUCAAAGGAGAAGGAGAGUGAUAAGAAGAAGGAAGGCAUCAGACUGAAUAUGGAAGAAAGUCCAAAAUGGAUUGCGCUCUCUGAAAUCCUGGCAGAAAUCAAGGAAGAAAAUGCAGAGUGUGGUGACAUCAACUCCACCUUAGUUAUUGCGGAAGACGACAGAAUCUGCGGGCAGCUCGCAGAAUUUCUGUGUGCAGGUGCACAAACAGUCCUGCAAAAGGUGUACAGAAAGUCUGUGUCGGAAAAAGAUUCGGCAAUGCUGGCGCACCUCACAGGAUCCUCGGUCGACACCAAUCUGUGCAAGUUACCCAAGAAAAAGAAGAAACACGACCCGGCAGAGAAAGAGUCUGAGCGACAAAAGGCUAAGAAGAAAGGAGCACAGUCAGAUGAUGAGCAGUCUGCAGAAAGUGAAAGUGGGGAAGAGGACAUGAUGGAACGUUCCCCUUGCACUAUAUUUCACCCGCUCAAGUCAGACUGUUUCGCUUUACAACAGACCCUGUUGUCAAUUCAGCCAAAGUACAUCAUCUUGUAUGAUGUGAACAUCACCACUGUGAGAGAAAUUGAAAUGUACCAAGCCACAACUGCAAGAGAGAUACUCAAGGUAUAUUUCUUGAUGUACGAAGACUCGGUGGACGAGCAGCGCUACCUGACGGCACUCCGCCGCGAAAAAGACGCGUUCGAGUUCCUCAUCCGAGAAAAAAGCAUAAUGGUCGUUCCCGACGAGCAAGACGGCAAGGGAGAUUAUCAUCCCGACCUCGUUGACAAUUUCCCUCCCGCAAACGAAACUGUUAGCAGCAGAAAAGCCGGCGGUGCCCAAACAACCCCAGCUGUUCCGCGCAAGGUCAUCGUCGAUCUUCGAGAGUUCCGUAGUGAGCUUCCAUCUUUGAUUCACCGCCGUGGGAUUAACGUUGUGCCCGUUACAAUAGAGGUUGGAGACUACAUCUUGACCCCGGAGACAUGUGUCGAGAGGAAGUCACUCAGUGACCUGAUUGGUUCGCUCAACAGUGGCCGCUUGUACAAUCAAACCCAAGCAAUGUGCCGUUAUUACAAACGGCCGGUGCUCCUCAUAGAGUUCAGUCAGAACCAGUCAUUCUCACUUCAGGGAAGGUACGGCACAUCAAGCGACACAUCUACGCAAAACUUUGUGUCCAAGUUGAUCUUGCUAACGAUACAUUUUCCGAGCUUACGGUUACUGUGGUGUCCCUCACCGUAUGCAACAGCAGAAGUCUUUGACAUGCUCAAGGUAGGAAAGGAAGAGCCGACUGUAGCCGAAGCGCAAGCAGUAGCAGAGAAAGAGCAAGAUCUUGGAAGGGCAACCGACAAGUAUAAUCCUGGUCCACAGGACUUCCUGAUUCAUUUGCCUGGUGUGAAUUCAAAGAAUCAAGGACUACUCAUGAGAAAAUUUACCAGCCUGGCAGAACUGUUCAAGGCAUCUGAGGAGGAGCUGGCAACAGCCAUGAACAACGAGAGUCAAGCAAAAUGCCUCUGGAAUGCGAUUCAUCGCCCAGUGGAGCCCCAGCAAAAGGAGCCUCUGACGCGCAAGUUCAAGAAGAGGUAGCAUAGAAUGCAGGCUGAAAUGUUAUUCAACAUAAGAGUGUGCUCAUCACUGUACAAUAUCAUAUUGGAGAGCAGCAACCUGGGAAGGCAUCACGUUAAGAUAUAGUGCCUGUAAAUAGCGGUGUACAUAAGAAAUUUUGUGCUCUAUGGCAUUCUUAAAGAAGGUCAUGCAGAGGUCCACGGCUCUAUACAUGGUUUUAUAUGUUCAUCUUUUUGCAUUAUUUGCGAAGACUGUAAUAAAUGGUUUCGUAGUGGCCCAGUGCCUUGCUGAAUAAACAUAUUUUGUUAAUAUCA